UCAGGCGAACAAUGGCGGAAUACGCGGGAAAAAGUGUGAAGAGGACGUGCCGGAGUUGGCGGGAGUUGUUGUUGCUGGUGGAGGCGAGGUGAGGCAGGUGAGGCCCUGACUGUUGCGCGUCCACACGCCCCUGACACCCACCACCUGGUAGCUCACACCUCGCGCCACCACCAUGUCUGCGUCGCCCAGUAAGACUGUUAGUGCCAGCCCCAAGAGCUCGCCCUCCAAGAAGGAAAUAGAUGCUGCUACUGCUGCACUAAAUCAUUUUGCUCAAGGAAAGAGGCACUUGGUUGUUGGAGAUAUUCAGUCUGCUGUUAACUCUCUACAGGAAGCGUGUAGAUAUCUCGCAGAAGAAUAUGGAGAGACUGCUCCAGAAUGUGGGGAUGCCUAUUUCCACUAUGGCAAAGCCUUGUUGGAAAUGGCUCGUAUAGAGAGUGGAGUAUUGGGAAAUGCCUUGGAUGGAGUUCCUGUAGGUGAGGACAUGGAUAAUUCCCAGGUAGAGAGUGCAGAGAAAGCGACAGAGGAGGAGUGGGAGAUGGUUUCCAAAGAUGUUGGUGAAGCUUUGGAAGAGAACUACAAAGAUAUUGAGAAAAAUGUGAAGACUGUAAAUGAGAAAUUGGGAAAGAAAGCUAUGGCUGAAAGUUCAAAGGGAGCUCAUGCAUUAAAUGGGGAUGGUUCAGAGGAUGAAGGCAUAGAAAAUCCUAGUAGAGAUGUCAGUGAUGAGAGUUCUGAUGCCGGAGGAGUAGGGAAGUUGGAGGUGGAUGAAUGCGAGGAAAAGUCCCAAUUAGAAUUAUCGAGCACUCUUGGCAAGGAUAAUGUGACCAGUGGAGGCCAGAUGGAAACUGAAACCGAAGAGAGCCUCCAAAAGAGUGAUAAGGAAGACAAACAAAAAAUUAAAUUGGAUAAGGGAAAACAGAAGGGACCAGAUGGGAGCUCCGAGGAAGCAAAGAUGGUAAAGGCUGAGAAGGAAAAUGACAGCAAAGAGGCAGUGAAUGAGAAAGAGGGAAGUACAGAGGAUGAUGAAGAGGAAGACGAAGAUGGUGACUCGCAGGAAGGGGAGUCUCAAGAUGGUGACUCUCAAGAUGAAGGCAGUAGCAAAGAGGAGACUAAAGAAGAUAACGAUGAAAGUAAAAGUAAUGACGAAGAAGGGGAGAAGACUGAAGAAGAUGAAGAGGAAGUGUCAAACUUGCAGCUGGCCUGGGAAAUGCUGGAGCUAUCUAAAAUUAUUUUCCAAAAACAAGAAAAGGACAAUCCUGAAAUGACCAAGAAGGUAGCACAAGUGUUCUUGACACUUGGAGAAGUUGGCCUAGAAAGUGAAAACUAUGCUCAAGGUAUUGAAGACUUCAAACAGUGCCUAGAGAUCCAAGAAAAAAAUCUAGAAAAGGACGAUAGAUGCUUAGCAGAGACGCACUACCAUCUUGGCGUGGCCUUUUCAUUCUCUGAUGAUUUUGACAAGGCUGUAGAACACUUUCAGGCAGCGGUAAAUGUGAUAGAAUUGAGGAUCAGCAAUCUUAACAAACGGAUGAAAGAGAAAGAGACUUGGACAGAAGAGCAAAAAAAGAAAGAUGCUGAAGUGAGACCAGAUCCUUUCUACACUGAACAAGGCGAGAUUGAUGAACUAGAGAAGCUGCUGCCAGAAAUAAGGGAGAAGAUCGUUGACAUGGAAGAAAUGAAGAAAGACACAAAGGAAAAAAUGCAGAAAGCUGCUAAGGCGGCAUUCAUGGCUCAAACAAUUGGAGGCCGAGCUCCAGCAUGGGAAGAAUCUGGCUCACAAGGAGGAUUUGAUGCUCCAAGUUCGAGUUCGUCAAAGUCUGAAGCAAAGUCCAUUACACAUCUUGUUAGAAAGAAGCAGAGGAAGUCAGAGGACGAAGCUACAGCGGAGGUGAAGAAAGCCAAAGUUGAGAAUGGUGAAACAACAAACAGUAAAACCAAGAGUACAAACGGUCAGUCAGAGAACGUGGACAUGGAAGAAAAGGAAUCCUCCAAAGGUCAGAGUGUGGAAGAAUUAAAGAAAAAGGCUGCCGAGGAUAUGAAGAAAACUACGAAAGACAUAACGAAGGAACACUCUAAAGCUACCACUUAAGUUAAUUGCUAUAUCCCCCAACCACUGCCACUUGUGAAUCUUUUGUUGAUUUUACCAUAGGAAGUAAAGUUUUAGCACUUGUGAAUGUGUUUUUAGGAUUUGCAUAUUUACAUAUUUAUUAAAAAUAUUGAAGA